CCACGAAUUAAAAACCCUUUCACUGAGAUUCAGGAUGGGAUCCUGGAAAGGGUUAAAAAGUGGCCGAAAUUUCCCGGGGACAAAGUCCGGCCUUGGGGACAGGUGGAGGGCGGCGCUGGAAACGCGAUCCCGGCGCUGGGCAGGGACAAAAAAUUUGGAAUUUUGGCACGGAGGAGACGAGCAGAAAGAGGAGGAGGAGGAGGAGGAGGAAAAAACUCGGCGCAGAAGCGAUGGGGGAGGGUAAAGAAUGGAAAGAAACCCCGUUCCUCCCGGGAAACCUCCAGGACGAAGCCACCUGCUCCGUGUGCUUGGAAUUCUUCAAGGAUCCCGUUUCCAUCCCCUGCGGCCACAAUUUCUGCCGCUCCUGCAUCGCCAAGAGCUGGAAGGAGCUGGAGAUGGAUUUUCCGUGUCCUCAGUGCCGGGAGGUUUUCCAGGAGAAAAAUUUCCGUCCCAACCGGCAAUUGGGGAAUAUUUCGGAGAUCAUCAACCAGUUGGCCAAGAGAAGAGAGAAAGGGGGUGAGGAGGAUGAGGAGGAGGAAGGGUUGUGUAGGAAACAUCGGGAAGCGUUGAAGCUUUUUUGUAAGGAUGACCUCAGGAGUAUCUGCGUGGUGUGCGACCGGUCCCGAGAACACCGCGCCCACGCCGUGGUGCCCGUGGAUGAGGCGUGCGAGGAGUACAAGGAGAAAAUCCAGGGCCGCUUAGAUUUCCUGAAGAAGGAGCGUCAGGAACUUCUGGAAUUCAAAGUCAACGACGACAAAAAAACUCAGGAGCUGCUGACAACCAUGUCGAGCGAGCGUCAGAAGCUCCUCAGCGACUUCGAGCGGCUGCGGCAGUUCCUGCGCGACCACGAGCGGCUCCUGCUCGGCCAACUGGAGAAGAUGGAGCAGAACGUGGCGCGGCGGCAGAACGAGAACAUCUCGGAGCUCUCCAAGGUCAUCGCGGCGCUCAACAAACUCAUCGCGGACAUGGAGGAGAAACUCCGGCAGCGCCCGCUCGGCCUCCUCCAGGAUGUGACGGGAAUCAUAAAAAGAACCGACGAGGUGAAGUACCAGAAACCCGUCCCGGUCUCCACCGAGAUGAAAAUUCACGUUUGUAAUUUUUCCCUCAAAACCGUCGUCCUGGAAAAAGUUCUGAAAAAAUUCCGAGAACACCUGCAGGACGAGCUGGGAAGAGGCGAAAAAGAAGACCUGACCCUGGACCCCGACUCGGCCAACCACCUCCUGAUCCUCUCGGCCGACCUCAAGACCGUCCGCAUGGGCUGCCGGAAGCAGGAGCUGCCGGACAACCCCAAACGCUUCGACACCAACUCGCGCGUCCUGGCCAGCGCCGGCUUCUCCUCGGGGCGGCACUUCUGGGAGGUGGAGGUGGGACCUUCUGAUGGUUGGGCCUUUGGGGUGGCCAAGGAGUCCGUCCGUAGGAAGGGUUUGACGCAGUUUUCUCCUGAGGAAGGGAUCUGGGCCGUGCAGCAGAAUGGAGGACGUUACUGGGCCGUGACGUCACCUCAGAGGACGCCGUUGUGCGUUGACCACAAGUUGAGUCGUGUCCGUGUCUACCUGGACUAUGAAGGUGAGGAGGUCUCCUUCUACGACGCGGAGAACAUGAAGCACAUCUUCACCUUCAACGUGGCCUUCAAGGAGAAGGUGUUCCCGCUUUUUUCCGUCUGUUCCACCGUCACCUACAUCAAACUGUGCCCAUGAGGAGCGCCAAAGACUCAGAUGGGUUUGGUUUGGUGGGAGGUGGUCACCAGGAGGGUCUUCAGGGCAGGAGAGAAGUCCAGCGGUGGCCAGAAAUGGUGGUUGGAAGCUUAAAGGAAGGUUGUGGUCAUCAAAUCAAAGAUGGUGGUCACCAACUCCAAAAUGGUGGCCACCAACUCAAAGAUGGUGGCCACCAACUCAAAGACACCAACUCAAAGAUGGUGGUCACCAACUCAAAGAUGGCGACCACCAACUCAAAGAUGGCGGCCACCAACUCAAAGACACCAAC